AUGGCCGAUUCUUGGCAUCGAACUGAUGCAGCGAAGCGGUUUGGUCUUGCUCACCGAGUUAUCAUCGUAGCCCGCAUGUGGUUUUUGAGUCUGGGGUCAUGGGGCAACGAUUACGACAGACCCGUCGGCAUGACGUGGCGAGACAUGGCAGGAAAUGCAGGAGCCCGACUGCAAGCAAGCAUCCUGAUACCGCAGUUCAACUCUGCCCCGUUAUCAUCGGCGCCUCACCGACCUACCGACAAGUGGCGACGCAUACAGCAACAUCAACGACCAUGUCUAAUCCUGAUUAUCAGAAAGAUCGCCGACGCCGGCCGUGGGCGCUAA